AUGGUGAACAGCGGUGGGACUAAGGUGGAGAAGGCAGCAGACCUUGUGGCUGGGGUUUGCAGCCGGCUGGAUUCAGUCCAGCAGCCCAGCUCCAGGACCCUGAUGAAGAAGUUAGUGGCCCUGUUGGCUGGCGAGGCAGAGCAUCUGGACACAGUGAUCUCAUGCCUUCUGGACUACUCCUUCCCUAUAGACAGCAAUGCGGCCGAGCUAUGGCAGUUCCUAUCUGCUGACCCGGCCCUCGGAGGACAGGUGAUGGAGAACCUGGUUGUGAAGCUGCAGAGUCACCACAGCUCUGAGCACCAAGCCUCUCACACGUCUGCUGCCGCCACAUGCGCCCUCUAUGAGAUGAUCUCGGUGAGCAAGUCCAGAGAUGCCACAACCCGCCUCUAUCCUCAGCUGCUAAUGGCUCUUCUUGUCGAAAUCCAUUUCAGCCUGGGACAGAGCAUAGCAGGGGAUAAAGUCUCUGGAAGGGAAAGCAGCCGGCAGAGCCUCCACACCAGCUCUGCAGUGGAGGCUAUAAAGAUGCUGCUUCUCUGUGUUGGCUGCCGUUCCGAGCUGACUGUUAUGGAGAAGGAGCAAGGCUGGAUCCUCCUACAAAGCCCCCAAGAUCACCUCCGUGGGGUGAGCCUGCUGGCCAGAGCCAUGGUGCACUAUGCUUGCCCUGAGACCACAAGGAUGCUGCUGGACCUAGUGAUCCCGCUCCUCGACAGAGGUGAUAAGAAACACAGGCUGACCAUGAUGGCCUUCUUUGUAGAACUUCUGCGUUACGAAGAGGCCAAGAAGCUCCCACAUCCAGACACUUUGGACCGUCUCGAGGAGUGGACAAAACACCCCAGCCCAGUUUUCCGUUCACUUGGUCUAAGAGGACUCAGCAUCCUGGCAACCCAACCAGGGAAGGUGAGACCCCAGGUGCGCUCUGCUGCCAUCAUGCUCUUUACAGAGUUGCUUAACACAGUGAAGAGGAGGCAGAAGCCCCUGCUGCAGGAGGAAGUGACCCACAGCCUGGUCCCACUGCUCCUUCACUUACAGGACGAGGACCCUGACGUGGGCAAGAGGUGUCAGAAAGCCUUGGCUGGGUGUUUUCAGCUCCUGGGAUGGUCUUGUCCUAAGCAGAUUAACAGCAAGAAGGCUUGGCACACCCAUCCCCGGGUGGUGGACAAGAUCUGCCAGCACUCUGUGCUGAAGCUCAAGAGCGUAUCUGACAUCUUGCUCCAAUGUCUGGAUCACCUCCAAAGCCCCCAGGCUCCAAUACGACGGGCAGCAGCCAUCUUGAUCGGUUGCACUGUUCAAAGCUCAGAGCCCGCCAUGGUCAGGCAAGAGAAGGAGCUGAUACUUCAGUCUCUCAGUGGCCUGCAGCAAGAUCCGGAUUCCUCUGUCCGUGUCAGUGUCUCACGGGCCAUUCAGCAAGUUCGGGAUGGUGGCAGAAACCAGUCACGUCAGACCCUAGGAGCUAGAUUCAGGAACCUGUUCUGCUGCUUGACUGGCCAGGAGGAGAGGGAAAAUGCUCCUGACAGAGAUCUCUUGGGUGGCCCGGACCUUUCCCAAAGCCACCGAUGGGACUCAGGAGGGCCCUGAGUUCCCACAGAGAAGUUGGUGACUGGAGGAGGUCAGCUGAGCCACCACCCCAGCCCCGAAGCCAGUGCCUGCAUGAUCCUGUGGUAAUUACCUGCAUUGUUCCCCAUGAGAUGUAGGCAGCUGGGGAUGAGUUUAAGUGACCCCAGUACUCAGCAGAAUGACGGCUACUGGCUCCAGCUAAAC